AUGAAGCUGGAGGAGCCGUUGCUUCCCAAGCCUCGAAGAAGUCGAUCGAAAAUCCACGAUGUGUUGGAGGGGAAGGGUCCAUAUGGCUCGUCCUAUAGCUUCUUCCUCACGGUCGUCAUCUUGGUGAACAUCGCCAGCUUUGUCCUGUCCACGGAGCAGAAAAUGGACGACUACCGAGCUGUGUUUGAUAAAGUGGAAAUAGCCACGGUCUGCAUCUUCACCAUUGAAUAUGUCCUGCGAUUUAGCACCCGGGGAGGGACAUGUUUGAGUCGUAUUCGGUGGAUGUUCACCAACUUCUUCUCCAUAGUCGAUCUGAUAUCGAUUUUGCCAUUCUACGUGGAUCUUGCCAUUCCUGGUAGGCAAAGCUAUUUGGCCACGCAAUGGGUUCGAGUUGCACGUUUGCUGCGACUGCUUCCACCCCUGCCCUACGAUCUGAUUUGGAAGAAGAGCAGCAAACUUCUGAUGGCCAGCGGCUUCGCAGGUUUCACCGUUUGGGUCAUUUGUGCGGCGCUUUACUAUUGGUUUGAGACAAACAACCCCGAGAUGACCUACUGUCCGGAUGAUGAGUUCAAGCACGAGGAUGCUUGUUGGAAUCGCUUCCACUCCAUCCCAGCAGCAAUGUACUACUCCCUCUUGAACUUCUUCGGUGAGUUUCCGUUGGCCGAUCAGCACUCCCUCGGUGGUCGCUUCGUCGGCGGUUUCAUUCAGGUCAUGGGGGCAGCGGUCAUGGCCAUCCCGGCGGGAGCGCUGGGCAACGCCUUUUCCGAACUCGUGGAGAAGGAGAUGAACGACGAGGAAGCAGCAGAGCAGCAGGAUGGAGUGGAUCCAGAGGCCCAGACGCAGAAGACUCCGCUGAAGGUGGGUGUUGACACUGUUCGUUGCCUCGACGGUGAGAGAGAGGUCAAAACCUACCCGGUGACGGAGGAUUUUGCGGUUGACCUGGCAGAUGCCUGGUUUAUUCUCAGCGUGCUAUUGGUGGCGGCAUCCUCACUUUAUUUCAUUCUGGGCACUCUGAGAAACUUACCCUCGCGCUUAGAUGAGCUGUUAUUUGUCCUGGCAGUUCUGGAUGUGAUUGCAACUGUGACAUUUUCAGUGGAGUACAUCUACAGGAUCCGGGCGGCCAGCAGUGUUAGCAGUGGCUUGUCCUCCCUGCGGUACAUCGUGAGUGGUUUCGGCAUCAUCGACGGCCUGUGUGCGCUGAUCCCAGCCUUCGGCUAUGUAUAUCCAAAGCCAUUCUUGCGCGCUUUUGCCACGCUGCGUAUUCUCAAGCUGGAGCGAUACAUCGGAGCUUUCAGCUCCUUCAAGCAGAUCUUGUGGCAAAACAGGGCAGUGCUCUCUGUCACUGGCGGCGCAGCAGCCGUGAUGUGGGUGAUUUUCAGCACCCUGAUGUACUACGCUGAACGCAAGAAUCCGGACCCAGAGAUGGCUAGCCACUACUCGAGCGUGUCCACUUCCAUGUGGGUAACACUUCUGAACUUGUCCGGGGAGGCUCCGCUGUGCGAAUACACCACGGCUGGAAAGUUCAUCUCUGCCUUGAUGGGAUUGAUCGGGGUCGGCUUCGUGACGAUUCCCAUGGGAGUUCUUGGUUCAGGCUUCCAGGACCUGUUGGAACAGGAGGAGGAAGCCACUGCAUCCACUGCCCCAAAAAAGCCAGGCCCAGCUGUGGAACCUCAGUGGAUGACCUUCAGACAACUUGUAUACAAGUUCCUGCAAGGCUCAGCAGCGAACCAGGUCGAAGACCUGAAUCGCUGGGAAGCCCGUGCGGUGUAUUUUGAACGACUUAUUUUCUUCACCAUUUUUGUGACUGUUAUGGCUGCCAUUAUGGAGACCGUGGAUGGCUUUGAUCCACCUGGCUCCUUCAACCGUCAGGUUCUGGAUGUCAUUGAGAUCAUGGCCACACUUCUUUUCACCGUUGAGUAUGGCCUUCGGUACUUCUCAGCACCAGAGGCACCAGAGUGGGCAGCCAGGGGCUACGUAAGUGACAGUGCAGCUCGGUGGAGUUUUGCCACAUCCAUCUCCUCCAUCAUUGACCUUUGCGCCAUCGCACCAUACUACCUGGCCCUCUGCGGAUCCAGCCUGGCUGAUCAGUACGAUGGCGAGCUGCGCAUGCUUCGGAUCUUUCGACUGCUGACGCUGGACAAGUACAUUCCAUCUGUGUCAUUGAUUGGAAGGGUAUUCGCAAAGCACGCAAAGGAUUUCCAGAUGGCUGCCUAUGCUUCAGCCUCGCUUUGGUUGAUUUUCUCAGCACUGAUGUGGCUCACCGAGAGACACGACACAACAGAGGUAGAUGACCUUACCAUGGCCCAGCGAUACGGAACCAUGUUCAGCGCCAUGCCAUACACCUUGGUUCACCUCACAGGAGAUUAUCCCCUGAUUGACUAUGAUUUCCCUGCCAAGUGCGUGCUAUUCCUCGCCCUGCUCUUCGCAGUUGGAGUGGUGUCAGUUCCCACCGGUCUCUUAGCAUCUGGCUUCACGCAGGAGCUGAAAAAGUUCCGGGCAGAAGAAAGACAGAAACGAGUGGAUGCAGCCACCACCAUUGAGCGAGCAAUCAUCAGCUACUUGCGGCGGCGCCGUCUUCGAAAGAUUACUGAAGAGACAAAGGCUCAGAGCAUGAACUUGAAAAGACAAAAGGACAUCGUGAAAAAGGACAACCCAAACAAGAUCAAAAUGGUCGACUUUUUAGAACAAAAGACCCUAGCGGGACGUGUGUGGAAGAAGGUUAUGCUGCUCCUGAUCAUUCUGAAUGUUCUGGCAGUGAUUGGCGAAAGCAUGUCCUGGGUGAAGGAGGCCCUUGGCUCCGACUUCUUGAAUGGUUUCGAGUUAAUGAGUGUGCUACUCUUUACCUUCGAAUACCUAGCAAAUGUGUGGUCAGCAAAUGCCAACAUCAGGUACUGUUUUCAUCGUCGAAAUUAUACCCUGUCCUUCUUUGGUAUUGUGGACCUUGUGACUGUGGCACCCUUCUGGGUUCAGAGUGCGAUGUACCUUAGUGGGAUGCAGUUCAAUGCCUUCAUCUUCCGCAUCGCGCGGCUGCUACGAAUCCUGCAACUGGAAGACUUCGUGGAAAGCUUCACCUUGCUGGACGAUGCAUGGCGUAGCUGUCGGGAGACCAUGGUUGCGACGGGGUUCAUGGCCUUGCUGGUUUGGGUCUGUGGGGCUGUUCUCUUCUACGAAUUUGAGCAGGACAACCCUGCCAUGGAGGGCGCCUUCAAGGACCUGCCGUCCAGCAUGUACUUCACCAUCAUUUUCCUCGGCGGCGAGUGGGCAAAAAUAGACUUCACACCAGGCUCUAUGGAAUACCCAUCGGUGCCGUGUUUGAAGCUUUCAGUGAUGUUUUGGAUGAUGUGUGCACGGAGCUCCGCCACCGAGCUGAGCAAGCGGAUUUGGAGGCCAGAGCAACUCGAGAGCGCAAGUCUCGACAGGCGGAGCAGAUGCGAUACCUGGAUGACAAGCGGAGCCACUGUGAAGAGGCAAGCGAAGGAGCCCGGGGCCAAGUUGGCCUCGAUACUUCGAUGCCCGGAUGACAUCCACUGGACAUCCACUGGACACCAACUCUUUUCACUUCCACGUUGCACCAAGGCUGAGUUGAAACGACUGGAGGUGCAGGCUGAGCCGAUGUUGUCGCAGCUGAGUACUCUGCGGAAGCAGCUUGCAAAAAGCGAGGAGAGUGCCAAAGAACAUGCUGCACGGCUAGCCACCUGCAAGGCCUUGCUUCCACAAAUGGUUUCAGAGCUCAAAGCAGCACAGGUGGAAGAACUGUCCAACCUGCGAACUUCACAGCUUGAGGAACUUGCCAAACUUGAAGUUGAGUGGACCACUCAGGUUUCGGACUUGAAGUCCUACCAUUCAGAGGAGGUUCGUAGUUUGAGGCACCAAAUUGAAGAGACGACCCGGAGAUGUCAAAGGAUGUUGAUGGAGCGGGACGAUGCCAGAGAGCAGUUGUUGGUUCGUCAGCGGGAGGGCGCCCGCGCCCAGCAACAAUGUUCUGAUGCUCGACACGAGGUGCUUGAACUUUCAGUUCAAGUCAGAUCAACCACCCCUGGUACUGCGACACCAGCACGGCAUUUGAACCGAUCGCUGUCGGCAUCGUUCUUGGACUCGCCCUACAAGAUGUCCAUCCAGGAUGCCCGAGAACUCGACGCAGAAGCCUUGGAUUUGAGGCAGCGCUGCCGAGACCUGGAAAGGCUUUGUUCCAGGAUGCACAGCUUGCUGGAGAGAGGGCAGGAAGCUUGUGAGCGGUGGAGGAAAGCCGGAGUCAGCAUGGCCACCCUUGAAGAUCAAGGUGAUGUGCUUCCCUUCGAGCUGGGUCCGGCCUGA